AUGAUUAUUACUGGUGAUGAUCAUGAUGGUAUAGAGUAUUUAAAGCAUGAUUUGGCUCAUCGUUUUGCUAUGAAAGACUUGGGUUUGCUACGUUAUUUCUUGGGGAUUGAAGUUGCUAAGUCUCCAAAGGGUUGUCUUUUAUCUCAAACGAAGUAUAUUUCAGAUUUGUUUGAACGCGCACAACUUACGGAUAAUUGGACAGCUAAUACACCUAUAGAGAGUAAUGUCAAAUACUCUCCAAUUAAUGGUGUCCCAUUAUCAGAUCCAAGCUUUUAUCGUACCAUUGUAGGGAGUUUGGUUUACCUGACUGUCAUUAGACCGGAUAUUGCUCAUGUAGUUCUUUGUACUCACAUUUGA